AUGAAAAGUAUAGUCUCUACCGAGCCCAGUGUCAAUACUUGUGAAGAUUCAAAAAGUAGCGAGUCAUCCUCAGCAAAGAUUAGUGCCGAACAGGAAUUUUGUCUUUAUGAAUUGGAAACAUUAUCUGACUCUUCCAGCAUAGGAUUAGUUUUGCGUGCAAUCUAUGAUACUGGAAGUGUUCAUAAAUUUACUCGAGCAUUGGAUAAGCGUAUAACACAUUAUGACAAAAGCAUUUUACGUGUAUGUACCCACCAUUAUCAAGGAUUUUUGGAUUCAUUGAAACAACUUCGUGGUUUAAAAGAAAAAUGUGCUGAAAUUAGAAAAAAUGCAGAGGAAACUAAUCAACUAGUUCAAGAAGAAAGCCGAGCAUUGUUAAAGCGUAGUUCGGAGAUAGUUCGCUAUAGAAAAUUGCAAAGAAAUGCAAACAAUGCUAUUCAACAAAUUUCUAUGUGUUUGCCAAUGUUGGAGAAUUAUGCUCAAUUGGAAAAAUUAAUGGAACAGAAAAAAUACCUGCAAGCUCUCAAAGUUUUGGAAGAUCUCGAACAUAAUUACCUCAAUCAAUUGCAUAAAUACCGUUUUGCCCAUCAGUUUGCUAAAUCUACUGGCCCAAUCCGUGAUCAAAUACGCGAGCGUUCAUAUUCUGAAUUAACUGAUUUUCUCGAGAAUUUAAUGAAGUCAUCUGAACGAAUUGGUGCUGAUGCUUCUAAACACGUAGACGAAUUUUAUACAAAACAGCAAUUGUGCACUAUUACCUCUAAACGUUCACAGGCUUGUAGUGUGGACCCUACAUUGUCCAGAAAACAGCAAUCUUUAGACAUUAAACUCUCUGCAGAUGGUUCUGUGAUUAAAACAAAUAUAUCUACCUCAAAUUCAUCUCAAAAUUUGCAGCAACAUUUAGCUAAUUCAACUGAAAAAAAUCAACCUAUUAAUUGCCGAUUUGAUGCUUAUGAUAAAUUGGAUUUUGGACCAGUUCAUCGUUGCUGUCAAAUAUUUAAUGUUUUGAAUGAUCGUGAGAAAUUUGAAGUUUAUUACCGAAAGCAGCGUUUUGAUCAAAUUCAACUUAUUUUGGAAAGACAUACUUAUUUGAGUAAAGAAAAUUUAAAUUCAAUUAAUUCAUUUAUUCCUUAUCUUAAUACAAUAAUUGGCUUCUUUAUAAUCGAGGAUCGUAUUGCACAAAUGCAGUCAACGUUGGGAAAUUGCACAAAUGUUGAUCUAAUUUUUGAAAUGAAAAAAUUAAUUCUUUUACUUUCUUUAACUAUAAAGAGUUACGGAUAUAAUCCUAAUCCUUUUUACAAUCUUCUACAAAAUUUCAGAGAUAAAUAUAGUGAAAUAUUAAUAGAAAAAUAUGCUAGUAAAUUUAAAGAAACACUUGAAAGUGACGAUUGCACUCCAAUAGAGACUAAAAAUGAGGAAGAAUAUCGACAAGUUAUCUCUGAAUUUCCAAUUUAUCGAAGGGGAAUAGAUCACGAAGCUUUUCCAAGAAAAUUUCCAUUUUCUCGUUUUGUCCCACAAGUUUAUUCUUUACAAGCAAAGGCAUUUAUUACCGAUUGUGUUCGUUUUAUGGAAGAUUUGCAACUUUCACAAUCUGAAGUUGGUGAUACAGUUAGGCGUUAUUGUAAUGUUCUCUUUGCAAGAUGGUCAGAUGAAUUGAAAAUGUUUAUAGGUUGUCAGAAACGUUCUUUAGUCCAACUUAUUCAAAUAACAAUCAAUAUGGGUUAUUUGGAACGUUCUUGUGAAUUUUUGGAACGGAUAAUUUCUGAAGCAGCACGUAAUUUAAGCGAAACUGACAUUAGCAAUUUUUCCGGUGGAAGUGGAAAUCUUUCGGCACUCGCAUUUGAUGAUACGGCUGGACAUUUUGUAGCACUUAAAAAUCAAUUGUUCCGUGACUCACGUUCUGAAGUUGAACAAUUAAUUGAUGAAGCCUUUCGUGAAAAAGUCCAAGCAUUUCUUGAUAAUUUAAAUUAUGACUGGGAAUUACAGCAUCCAACUGGUGUAGCUAGUGACAAUAUUUCAGAUAUGAUUACAUUUCUCACUUCAACAUUUAUCAAUUUCACCAAUUUGCCGAAUGUUUUAGCUCGGCAUAUUUGCAUGCAGGCUUGUAAAUUCUUGGCUGAACGUCUUCAUUCUAUGCUUUUAUCGCCUAAACAUAAAGCCAUUAGUAUGGGUGCUCUUGAGCAGUUUUCAUUAGAUGUUAUGCAGUGUGAAUUGUUCGCCGCCCAGUGUCCGGUGCCUGGAUUUGAAGACAAUGCUCUAGCUAUUACAUUUGCACAUUUACGUCAAUUACUGGAUUUAGUAAUGGGACCAGACUGGACAACGUUUUUUAGUGAAAGAGAUGCGUCUCAACAACAAAGAACUGAAAAUAGUGUGGCACCAAAAUAUACUCGAGUUAAAGCUUCAAAUGCUGCUAUUCUUCUUGAAAAGAUAGUAGAAUACGAGAAGCGAAACGCUGGGUUUUUCGCACUUAAUAGAGGCGAUCGACAUAAGCUCUAUGAAACAAUAUUAAAGAAACUGCGGAGUUUUAAUGAUUAA